AUGAAUGAAGAGACACCAUUAUUGAAUCCAUCGGCUUCCACGUCCUCAAAUGAUUGCUGCUCAGAGAUAGAUUGCUGCAGAAAACAAAAAAACAAAAGUCCUGCAACAAACGUAUACACAAAACUAUAUAUCCCAUCAACAACGGAUGGCCAAGAUGAUCCUACUUGUCAAUUAUCAAGCCAACCAUGGAAGUAUAAAAUCGUUGCUCUGCUGUGUGCCAUGUUUCUAGCCAUGGGCAGCCAUUUCGCUGCUCAUACGUUAGGUGCCAUGAAAUCAACGAUUAAAAAAGAAUUUGAUAUCUCAAAUUCUCAGUACGGUGUUCUUCAAUCGAGUGUGUCCAUCGUCAAUACCGUCUUACCACUCAUUGGUGGCAUCUUUAUAGAUGCAUUUGGCACUAUUCCUGGAUCUAUUCUCACCACCGUCCUGAUUGCUUCCGGAAACAUCCUUGUUGCUGCAUCAACCUCAACAGCAAAUCUAUCCAUGAUGAUCCUUGGCCGCAUCUUGUAUGGCAUCGGAAGUGGCACUGUGGUAAUUGUUCAAGAGACCAUCUUGAGUCAAUGGUUCCAGGGUCGUAGCCUUGCAGCUGUGAUAGCCUUGAUGCUGACCGUCAGCAGACUUUCCUCAUUUUUAGCACAAGCAACUGUGGUACCAAUUGCAAGAUGGUCAGGCUGGUACGGUUACGGUUUCUGGUUUUCUGCGGCACUAUGCAUCUUUUCUUUACUAGUCAAUCUUGUAUACAUUGUCUUGUUAAAGAACGUAUCUACUCUGACUGAUCAAAAGAACUGUCAAGUACAACGUAAUGUCAUCAAACGCAAAAAGUCAUUCAGUUGGUCCAAAUUGAUGUUUUUACCACACUCUUACUGGUUAAUCGCAUCCAUGGAGUUCUUAUUGGGCGGUGCUUGGGGAUGCUUCCUCCAUAUCAACAGUGAGUUUGUCAAGUUUCGAUUUGAUUACAAUGAUAGCAAAGCAGCUGCAGUUGCCAGUGUUUCCCAGGUGCUUCCCAUCUUCGUUAUGCCCUUUUUAGGAUUUUUCGUGGACAAAUACGGCAAACGUACCUGGAUGAUGAUGGGCAGUGCUUUUACCUUUUUAGCAUCACUCUUGUUGCUUGAAUAUACCGACUUGAACCCACUUGUCGGCAUGAUUAGUUUCAGCGCUAGUUUGGCUUUAGGGCCCGUCGCCCUUGUGUCAUCUAUCCCUAUCAUCUUGCCACUCUCACUAGUGGGUACUGGCAUGGGCCUUGUAAAAUCAGGCACCAACAUUGGAGCUUCCUUAUUUGAUAUCGUUACUGGAUUAUUGCAGGAUCAUGAUUCCAAAAAGGGCUACAGUGGCGUUAUUGAUUUCUUUAUACUCAUCGGCAUCUUGUCCGCUUUGGCUGGUGUCACUUUGUGUAUUCUAGAUCAUACUCUGUAUGGCAAUAUAUUAGAUGCUCGCAAAUCUCGUGUUAAUAAGAACAGCGGCGACAAGCGUUUACUGAUGAACAAGAGAUUGAAGAUUAAUUAUCUCUAUGGUGGCAUUUACGCCUUUCUGGUGGUUCUUAGUUGGACAUUGUUCUUUAAGUAUGUCCUUGCUUGA